UAUUUAAAGCAAAAAUAACAGUGUAAUGUGGGACUUCUCAUACUUGCAGAGGUAAAUAAAUGAAAACUGCACAAAAGACGGGAGGGGAGAAACAGAAACAUGGUGCUACUAUAUGCUUAAAGUGGUAUAAUAGUAUUUGCAGGUAAACUGUAGUAAGUCCAAGGUGACUGUCAUAUCCAGGAUAAUCUGUCAUCAGUGGGAAUGAAAGAAAAUAUUAAUGCCAAUAUCAGGGAUGUAAAAGAGGGUAUCACUACAGAUCCUACAGACGUUGAAAGGGUAAGAAGGGUAACAUUGUGAAUCAUUUUAUGCCAAUAAAUUUGACAAAAUGAAAACAUUCCUUGAAAAACACAAACCACCAAAGCUCACUCGAAGAAAUAUAUAACCUUCAUAACCGGUUGUAUUUAUUAAAGAAAUUGAAUUUGUAAUUAAACUCCUUACCUCAAAGAACACUCCAGACCCAAAUGACUUCACUGGUGAAUUGUAUUAAACACUUAUAGAAAAAGGAAUGCUAAUCAGACAAAAACUUUUUUAGAAAAUUGAGGAGGAGGAAAUGCUUCCUAUCUCAUUUUAUGAGGCCAGCACUGCUCUGAAAGCAAAACUAGGCAAAGACAUUGUAAUAAAGGAAAACCACCAAGUGUAUUUGUUGUACACGCAUGUCUCCCAUGAACUUUAGCAAAUAUAAUCCAUGUAGAAACAUAAAAAGGAUAUUACAUAACAAUCAAAUAAGGUUUAUCUCAGAGUGAAAAAUUGGUUUAACACUGGAAAAUCAAUCAGUGUAAUCCACAUCAUAAUAGAUCAAAAAAAGGAAAAUGAAAGUGAAGCACGGAGACAGAAGUAUGGGGAACGCAAAGGAAGGCAGGAGACUCGGAGGAGGUAGUGAAGUCUGACGUACGCGUAAUUGGGUUCUGGGAGUAGAGGACAUGGGUGGUGCAGAGCAGUGUUUGAGAAGAAAAUGGUUGACAGUUUUCCAGGAAGUUGAAACAAUCCGAACCGUAGUUUUAAGAUGUUCAACAAAUGACUGGCAGGAUACCCUAAGUAAAAAGAAAUCCACAGCCAAACACAGGGUAGUGGAGCACAUGAUUGCCUACCGAGGCGCAACAGGCCGCUUCCCAACACCGGCAGUGAAAGCCAAAAAGCACUAGGAGUAAUACCUUCACUACACAACAGGAAAGGAUUCUCCAUCUAACAAAAAUGAAUGUUACCUAAAAUGUUAACAAUGACAAAAAUAUGUGCACAUAUGUAAACACAGCGGUAGGACAUACGUUGGCAGUGUGAUGAAUGGAGUUAGUAUUUUAAAGUCCUUGCUGUCCAAGAGAAGGGGAGAGAUACCGCAGUGGCCUUUAAGAGCCUGCACAUCACAUUGUAUUUCUAAAGUAAUCAUAAGAAGAAUAAAAACCAGACACGUGACUUCUAGAUUACUAGGGAGCAGAGAUUGGAAUGGUAACAAUCCAAAAGAAGGCAAAUAGAAAAGCCUCUGGUAGGUUGGGUUGGGAUUAAAAAAGGAAAGAAAGCCCCAGGUACAAUGGUAGAAUUAAAUCUACCUAGGUGUAUGUAAUGGCUUCCAAUGCAAAUAGAGUAAAUUUUCCAUUUAGAAGAUGAAGAUACCAAGAUUUUUUUUUAAAUAAGGUGUUUAAAAAAUCCAGCUAUAUACUGUUUACAAGACAUUCAUCUAUAAGGAUUAAGAAAUGUUGAAAGUAAAAUGAUGAAAAAAAUAAACUAUGCAAACACCAAAAAUAAGAUCGUAUAGUGUCAGACAAAAUAUACUUUAAGGCAAAGAGCAGGACUAGAGUGUUACUAGAAUGUCAUUAACAAGUGUCAUUUCACAUUAAACAGUGGGCAACUCUGAUUCCUGUAACAAAGUAAGUAGCUUAUUACAAACAAGUCUGUUUCUUGCUCACACAAGAUGUCCUGGUUGGCAGAUUGCUUUCCACAUGUUCAGGUACUUUGGGGAAGAGAGAAUCUCUUUGAGUUCCAGAGGAGGAAGAAAAGACUUCAUUAAUUUUGACUCUGUAUGUUCACAGGGAUGAACCAACUCUACCCAGGGACUAGGAUGCUCAACUGGCACACGUCCCCCUAUGCCUGGGGGUUGGAGUCAGUGUCUCUGGAAGUUGGUGGACUGAGGUAAGAGACUCCACUACAUUCUGUGAAGAAGGAUAAGACUGACACCGCUUUGCUUCUUUCUCUGUUGAAAUCUCUUCCUCCCUGAUCGAGCUUUGGUGUAUCUUCUUACAGCAUAUGACACACGGAAUCUCUCCUUCCUGACAUGGAGCCAAGUAAAAAGAUGGAAUCCCCCGGCACCCUGCAGACGAACCCGCCGCUGAAGCUGCACCCUGACCGCGGCGCCGGGACGUCCGUGUUCGUCCCCGAGCAAGGAGGUUACAAGGAAAGGUUUGUAAAGACCGUGGAGGACAAGUACAAGUGCGAGAAGUGCCGCCUGGUGCUGUGUAACCCGAAGCAGACGGAGUGCGGACACCGGUUCUGUGAGACCUGCAUGGCCGCCCUGCUGAGCUCCUCCAGCCCAAAAUGUACCGCGUGUCAAGAAGGCAUCAUCAAAGAUAAGGUGUUUAAGGAUAAUUGCUGCAAGAGAGAGAUUCUGGCUCUUCAGAUCUACUGCAGGAACGAGGGCGGGGGCUGCACGGAGCAGUUGACCCUGGGACACCUGCUGGUGCAUUUAAAGAAUGAUUGCCAGUUUGAAGAGCUGUCGUGUGUCCGCGCUGACUGCAAAGAGAAAGUGUUGAGAAGAGACCUGCGUGACCACGUGGAAAAGGCCUGCAAGUACCGGGAGGCCACGUGCAGCCACUGCAAAAGUCAGGUCCCGAUGAUCACGCUGCAGAAACACGAAGACACUGAGUGUCCCUGUGUGGUGGUGUCCUGCCCCCAUAAGUGCAGUGUCCAGACCCUUCUGAGGAGUGAGUUGAGUGCGCACUUGUCAGAGUGCGUCAAUGCCCCCAGCACCUGUAGUUUUAAGCGCUAUGGCUGCGUGUUUCAGGGGACAAACCAGCAGAUUAAGGCCCAUGAGGCCAGCUCCGCGGUGCAGCACGUCAACUUACUGAAAGAGUGGAGUAAUUCUCUGGAGAAAAAGGUUUCCUUGCUACAGAAUGAAAGUGUAGAAAAAAACAAGAGCAUACAAAGUCUGCACAAUCAGAUAUGUAGCUUUGAAAUUGAAAUUGAGAGACAAAAGGAAAUGCUUCGAAAUAAUGAAUCCAAAAUACUUCAUUUACAGCGGGUAAUAGACAGCCAGGCGGAGAAAUUGAAAGAGCUUGACAAAGAGAUCCGCCCGUUCCGGCAGAACUGGGAAGAAGCGGACAGCAUGAAGAGCAGCGUGGAAUCCCUCCAGAACCGAGUGACCGAGCUGGAGAGUGUGGACAAAAGCGCCGGGCAGGCGGCUCGGAACACAGGCUUGCUGGAGUCCCAGCUGAGCCGGCACGACCAGAUGCUGAGCGUCCACGACAUCCGCCUGGCCGACAUGGAUCUGCGCUUCCAGGUUCUGGAGACCGCCAGCUACAAUGGCGUGCUGAUCUGGAAGAUCCGAGAUUACAAGCGGCGGAAGCAGGAAGCCGUCAUGGGGAAGACCCUGUCCCUUUACAGCCAGCCUUUCUACACGGGCUAUUUUGGCUAUAAGAUGUGUGCCAGGGUCUACCUGAACGGGGAUGGCAUGGGCAAGGGGACGCAUCUGUCGCUGUUUUUUGUCAUCAUGCGUGGAGAAUACGAUGCUCUGCUUCCUUGGCCGUUCAAGCAGAAAGUGACACUCAUGCUGAUGGAUCAGGGGUCCUCUCGGCGUCACCUGGGAGACGCGUUCAAGCCGGACCCCAACAGCAGCAGCUUCAAGAAACCCACCGGGGAGAUGAAUAUCGCCUCCGGCUGCCCGGUGUUUGUGGCCCAAACUGUGCUAGAAAACGGGACAUAUAUUAAAGAUGAUACCAUUUUUAUUAAAGUCAUAGUGGAUACUUCGGAUCUGCCUGACCCCUGACAAGUCACUGGGGAGGUGGGUUGAGCAGAAGGCAACUCCUCUGGGGGGUUUGAACCGGCUGUCUCCACCGAGGUCCUCGCGCUCAGAAAAGGACCUUGUGGAACGGAGGAAGCAGCAGAAGGUGGCCGCGGGCCGGCGGGAGGAGCCGCGUGUGAGGACACACCCGACAUGUUUUCUAAUAGACUAGCAGCUCCACUCUGAAGAAUUAUUUAUCCUCCAACGUGAUAGAUACUGCUGUCAGAGAAGGUUUUCAUUUCAUUUUUAAAGAUCUAGUUAAUUAAGGUGGAAAACAUAUAUGCUAAACAAAAGAACCAUGAUUUUUUUCUUCCUUAAACUUGAACGCCAAAAAAGGAAAACACACACACACGCACACACGCACACGCACACACACACACCUGGGGACAGCUGGACAUGUCAGCAUGUUAAGUCAAAGAAGAAUUUAUGAAAUAAUAAUGCAAUUCUUAUAUAUUCUAAAAUUCAAGAGUGCAAUCUUGUUUCAAAUAUAGUAUACUGUCUAUUUUUAAGGCCUCAUCUGGUCUCUGUUUUAAUAAUUUGUUUGUCAGAAGACCCUGAAGUACACCUAGGUCUUUUUUGGAAGUCUGAAUUCAGAAUCAUUUUUUAAUUUGAAGUUCUAAGAUAAUUGUUACUGCAGACAUUUUGUUUUAAAACGUUGAUAGACUGAUAUUUCUUGGCAGAAAAUGUAAACUAUCAAACGCUGGUUAUCACUUGUGAUAGGAAAGAGCAUACUCAACCUGCUGUAUUUCUCGUUAGAAAUGUAACCUUCAAUCUCUGUCGUAGUUAAUGACACUACUUCAAAAUUAUUACGAAAGGGAAACUGCUCAUGGAUGCUGUGCAUCAUUUUCAGAUUUAUAAUUGUUUUCACCCUAAAAUAGGGCAUUUGUUGAACUUUGGAGUUCUAAACAAAAUCCUGUAGGCUUUUAAAAUUCUGCCCCACGUAUUCAGACACGCUCUCUGUUGCUGACAACUCUGGCCUUCGGCGUCCAGGGUCCGGGGGUGGGCAGGUGGCUCGUGCUGAAGGAGGCCAGCAGGUGUGUUUUUCUUCAUCCUGUCACAUUGCUGCAUUCUGUUAACGAUCUCCAAAGGCGACAUCUUUGCAUAGAGGUGGUGGCAUACUGUCUAUGUGCCUUAGAUGUGACAUGCUGCUUCUCGACCCUGGCUUUGUGUUCACUGUAACUCUAGAAGGUGAUAGUUUGACCCGGCGUUCCUCUCGACCACUAGACCCCUGCCUCUGCAAGGGCCCUCAGACAGCCCCGUGCCUGCUGAGGAAGCCAGGCUCAGCUUCCGCUUCUGGAGCCUCCACUGCUCAGUCAUCACAGAUUCCAAGUCUCUGGGCCCCCAAAGCGAGCCGCCUGGUCCCAGCACGGGCGCAGUCCCACCCCCAGGGCAGGAGCGGGGCAGCCACCGUGCCUCUCCGUGUCCCCACCUGGGCCGUGGGCGCCCACCCGCCACGAAGCAGAGCCCUCUGAGCAUUCCAGAGACCGCCGCUCUCGGGGGGGCCCGCCCAGGCUGACGGACGGGGUCCUGGAACCACCGUUCCCUCGGGAAGGGUGGCCCGGGGACCGUCCCAGCCUGCGCCUGCCCAGACGGCAUCUUCUCAGCUCACUCACUGUUUACCUUCUUUCAAUGGUCCAACUGUGACUAGAAGCCGGAGCCCUGCCUCCCUGUGCCCCCCGCUGUGCGCCGCGCUUCUGGGUGCUCUUACCACUGAUGGGUGCUACACGUGACGGGUGCUCCUUGGGCUAAACCAGUGUGUGUGAACCACCGCAUCUGGGCCGCGCACCUCAGACUGCCUGCCUCUGGGCUCCCCCGUGCUCACGCGGGGACGGUCGGGCUGGUGCCCGGUGGCCCGCCGUGUCUCUGGUGCUGCCAUCUGCCCUGGGCGUGCCUCCGCCCCAGUGCCUGCUGGAAGUGCCCUCCUAGCGCACGCCGUCCCCUUCCGUAAGUGACCUCAUCGGUUCCAAGCACCUGCCACGCCCGUUAGCAGUUAAGUGCUCGUCGUAUUCAUCUCCUUUACUUUCUCCACCCUGCCCCCACCCCCGUUGCUUUGAGGGCCAGUCCGCGUCCUCCGUCCUGUCCAGAAGGAGUCGUGAGUCCCCGCGCAGAGAGGAAGGACUACCCGUGGGUGCUGCGGGACCGCUGUCCCUCAAAGGUGUUCCCGACCUCCUCCAGACCUUGCCCUGGUUCUACCCCGGAGACACAGGGGAGACAGGACGCCUGGCAGCCCCUCCUGCCUGGCCUCAGGUGGCUUUCCUGAGGCCAGGGGUUACCAGCGGGGACAUGCCUGUGGCAUGCCUGCGUCCUCCCCCAUCACUAAGAGUGUGGACAAUAUUAGCAAAUUUGAGAUAAAAGCAACCUCUCGGUCUGGUAAAACAACAACAACAGUUCUUUGCCUCUCCUGGUUGAAAUUCUUCUGGGGGUGGGCUACCUGGAAUCACUUCUGGAAGCAUCUGUCCCUUGGUGGGGGGCGCUUUCCCAGUCGCCCCUCCCACACACGCUCCUAGUGGGAGAUGACGGGCCCUUUGGGCCUCCUCCCGAGGAGCCCAUAGGACGUGGCAUCAGGAGCUGGCGCCAUCCCCUGGGGUGAGGAUGUGCGGAAGCCUCAUCUUGUGGCUUGAAAAUAAUUGGCGACAGCGGGGGGGUGGGUCGUGUGCCUUUUGGCCACCGUUUGGUGCACAUCUUCCCUCUCGUGCACUUGUCUGGAAAGCGGCCUCCCGAAGGACCUGAGUGCGAGGACCUGCCCGGAUGGACGCACCUGGCAUUGCUUCCAUCCUGACUCCUCGGUGCCCCGGUUUGGUGCUCGCCGCCCGGCGCCGGCCUCCGGCUGUGGUCCCCGAGCGGCCAACCCUCCCGGCUUCCCAGGGUCCCAGCAACAAGAGAACGGUGUCCUACGCGGCGUGUAUUGGGUGCACUUUUCCUGUUUCCUAAAAGUGACAGAUCUCCCCAUGGGAUAAAACUGUUCCAGUGCUUUAGAAAAACCACCACCGAGUCUUGUGUGUGAAUCAAGCCAGUCGGCUUCCCUGUCAGCCUCGUGCCGGAAAUGAAGACAACUCACUGUCUCUGCUUGCCGCGUGUGGUUCUCUGGACGUGUGCCGCUCGCUCCUGCGCGGACCAUGGAGGCUGCUGGGGGGCUGGUGGCCUGGGGCUGGGCUUGUUGGUGAUGGGUGGGCACUUGCUGGGGAGCACACGGCGUGGUGGGCGUGAGUGAGGGGCCUGUCCCAAGAGGCUGGGAGUCUUUGAGUGGCCGAGUGGCAUUUGGCUCUUGGGGAUUAGACCGGCCCCGGGGAGGCUGGAGUCCCCUCACCCGGGCCUCUUCUAGAAGUUCAGUUUUUCAGUGUCCUAGGUUCACAGGUAACACAGAGGAGACAGGAAUGCUCGCAAGUUGUUCUUCUAAGACCUGUCCUACAAGAGGGUGGCGCUGACCCCCUGAGGGUGGGUCGCUGUGCAGGUGGACAGGGAAGGUCUCGUGGGGGCCACUGUUGUGGCCCCAAUUCACAGCCUCCUCCCAGAGCAGCCUUUGCGAGGCAGCAGGUAGAGCAACGGAGCUCUCGGCCCAGAUGCGCCUUUCUUUUCCUGUCUGAUCCAGUUUUUCCUCGCCUUGUGACCCCAGAGGGCCGUGGAGUACAGGAAGCCUGUCCUCCGUGGCGGCCACCCCCACCAGGCCCUUCAGAUGCUGCCCAGAUUCCAGGGGGCUCUCUGGCAGAGCCGAUGCCCCCGAGGCUUCCCCUGUACCACUGCGGCCCACCUUGGUGAGGCGGGGUCCUUGGCCACCCACGCUGGGGCCACAUGUCCCAGGUGAGGCCUGCAGCUGUCAUCAGCAGGCAGUGUCGUGGCCACCGGUGGUAGGCCUGGCAUCCUGCAGCCAGCAGGGGACGGGGUGUCUGGACAGACCCUUAAACACGGCAGGUUCCCAUGGUGGGUCAUUUCUUUGUCUGCCCAAGGGAGGUGGGCAGAGUGGCAGAACCCACCCGCCCCCAACUCACAUCCUGGGGGGUGCACACCACCUCCCUACUCUGUGCGUGAAGGAGGGGGGGACACUGUCCUUCUGUGCCCAUCACGGACGUGUCUGGUUCCCGGCCUCUCCGCCAGUGUUCACGGGGCCGGUCAGGAGCCGCGCUCCUCCUGGGACCUCGUGCCCAAACCUCAGCCCUCCAAAGGGAGUCCCUCUUCUCUGGGUCAGCAGAGCUGUUCAAUACCGUUUUCUUCCUUCUGGUCCAGACCUUUCUCAGAGUGCGGAGGAGAGCCGGGGGGAGCCCCUUCCUUUUGUGAGCGUGUGGGAGGUGAAUGAGGGGUCUGUCGCCCAAAUCUGCCUGUCAGCCCGAGACCAUGGUUCUGUCUUCCAUUUGCAAAUCCCGACAGCUUUAUUUUCUCCAAAACAGAAUUGUGUCCACUGGGGCCGAAGUCGGGUGAGGGCCGUGUGUGGCUCCGGUGUCGGCAGGUGACCUGGUCGUCGGUACUGUCUGCCCGGGCGGGGCAGGCCGUCACCGGGGAGCCGGGGCCAGCGGGGGGUGGGGGUCCCCAGGGGUGCUGCCCCCUGGCCUCCGGUGGCCCACGUGCGCGGAGGUGGCCGGUCUGGUGUGGGGAGGCCCUGGUGGCGCCGAGCAGUGCUUGCCUUUCAUUUCCGCUGCUGCAUCUUGAGUCUCGCGAACUGUCGCAUUGGAAGAGGGUCAAGUCCAGGAUGGCUGUGCCACUCCUGCCGUUAGUGGUGAUUGGUUUUUAUAACUCAGUCCCCCAUUAGACAAGUAAGAUAACCUUCAACAGCAAACUGACUUAAUUGGUAAACACAAACGCCGGCAUUAUUUCCAAGGAUUUCUACAAGAAUUACCUAUAGAAUAGUAUCUGUGAUCACAGAAGUGUGUGAACCCGUGUAGACAAUUGUGUGACGUUGUUAGAGCCGCAAUCUCCCUGACGGCGCACCUCUUCGUUCAGUUCUGUUACCCAAAAACAAAGACCAAAGAAGGCCAAUCUCUCAUUUGACUCUGUAUUUUAACCCGCCUGUUUUAAAAAUUGCCGUCUGUAGUAACCGCUCGCUGUGAGGCCCCAUCUUGACACUCCAAGUGAUUGUGACCAGUGAUUCACGUCCUGUUUUUCUGCUCUUCUAAGAAAAAAAAAAACAACAAAAAGACAGUAUAAGUUAUUGCUCAGCAAUAAUCAUGUUGUUCAUGUGAAUUAACAACAUGUCUGGUUUUCUGAUAGCAUUAUUAUGUUUUAUAUUUUUGUUUACUGUAUAUUGUGUGUGGUUUUAUUUGGUAUUUAUUUGUGUUUUGAGGUCUUGCGAUGUUUUUGUGUUUCUGAUGCUAAUAACUAAAGUUUGUAAGAGUGUAGAAUGCAAAACUUGGAAAUGCUCAACUGUCUGAUUAGAGGAAAAUAAAUCUGACUAAGGA